AUAGUUGAAUAGAAUCGAAUAGGAAACAUUGUCGAGAUGGCUGCGGCCUGUCGAAUCAACAAUGCAGCGAGCUGGAAAGAUACACACGAUGAGAAAAGUGUUCGCAGGUUGUGUACCAACCGGCAUUUUUAAUGUGUUUAGUUGAUAACCGCGAGCCGCGCGCGACGCUCGUGCCUACGCGCAUCCCGCGAGACCACCUCCACGCGUUGCAUCGUUAUCACAUACCAGUUUUAUACGUGUUUUCUCUGUGUCUUUCCCCAAAAGUGGGUCCACUGACCAAGUUAAGUGCAGCAACACUCUCGAUAUAACGAGACAGGAAUUCAGUUGACGCCGACCGACUCGGAGGAAGCCGGUCCAUAUCUCACAAGAAACAGUGAUUACAAUUGACUCAAGAUAGGGCCACUAACAGAUCCAAGAUGGGUGCCGCAAGCGUUAAGAAUACCAGAGGCGAGCAACAUCGCCAUUCAAGUCACUCCACCAGAUGGCGAAGAAGAUGACGAGUUUGUACCGACGCUGCGCAUGCGACGGAAACUGAGCACGCCGCUCAGUGCGAUGCCCGGAGUAACAGAUGGACUGAUUAACUUACCAAAUCUACGCGCUUCUCCAUCGCGAUCGUUGUCGCCAUUGGAUCGCACGAAGCGACGUUUCAGCACUAUGGUCUCAAGCAGCGCCGCCGCAGCAGUGUCCCGGCGGCUGUCGGCAACUAUUGGCUGGUGCCUCGCCAGCCCCACACAAGUCAAGCCACAAAUAGUCCGGCAAGGACGCGCUUUAUGCCUACAAUACAUUAAGACUCAGAUUAGAAGAUCCACUUUAUGCGAAAAGAAGCAAAUAGUAAUGAAACGAUUGCAACGAAUGCUGGAGACUGAAUGCGGGGAGGAGGCUGUGAGUAACACGGAGUCCGGGGUGCUGGUGGGGCUCCGGGCGUUGUGCGCUGCGCUGGAGAGGAAGCGGCCUGAUGCAUUCCGGCAAGUCGCAAGACAGGCCACUCGCGCCCCCUCCGCCAUGCUGCGCUCAGACACAGCAAUCGCGGAACUCGCCCUUGCACUAGCGAGACGCAUCACUAGGGAAAAUAUCACAUGGUCUAAGAUUGCAGCUGUUUAUUGUGUUUGUGGGGCCUUGGCGAGAGAAGCUGCUGAGGCUGCGGAUGGAGAACCAGCUCUUGAGCUAGUGUCAGCCCCUGCAGCCGCCAUAGCUGACCUUCUUCAUGAAGAACCUGGCUCCUGGAUUGCGUCACAUGGCGGAUGGAACGGUCUAGUGGAGCGACUACUGGCCAGUGAAAGAGAUCAAAGAUCCGAGAAGAACCUUCGUGUGAUGGUGUCAUUUUUCGUGCUAGUGUGUCUAAGUUUAUUAUUGUUUAGAUGGGUCCUACACGCACACCCAGCAUACAACGACUAAAACCUCCUCUAGCUAUUAUUUCAAUAAAAACCCAACCAGAAAUAAAAGAGCCGGCGCCAUGUUGCAGAUGUCCUGAGACUCUAAAACGAUUGGAGCGCCAUCUAUGGUUUUUAUUUUCUGGCGAGGCUAUAGUUAGUUGUGACGUUAUGAUACUAGAUUAGUAGUGUUAUUUUAGGUGAAUGUUGUUUCCUUUAGAUUAAUAGCGAUCAGAGGUAGCGAAGUAAAUAUUUAAUUAUGUAAACAAAGAUUAUUGUAUUAUGAAACCACAAAACAAAAAUAUCUUGUUGAUGUACC